AUGCCUCUCCUCCCAAGAGUCAACUCGGCCGUGGCCAACAGGUCCCAGACCAAGAAGCAAAAGUUCAAGACGUUUAUGCGACAAUGGUUUCUGGUCAACUGGCGCGAUUUUCUCACCAUGGCCGUAGUUGGAGCUGUUGCUUUUGGUAUCUAUCAUUCUCCUGUCAUCAUCACACGAACAUUUCCAGUCACCUUUAAUGCGACCUCGGGAGACAUUGUCUACCCGCAAUGGGCGUAUCCUGAUCGCGGCUGGAUUCUCCCCUCGUGGCUAUCAGGCCUGAUAUCCAUCGCUAUACCUAUCAUCACCUAUAUCGUCGCCCAAUUCCGGAUUAAAUCGGCCUGGGAUGCGAGCAACGCCAUCAUUGGAACGAACUGGUCCGUCAUUCUGGCGUCUCUUUUCCAGGUCACUCUCAAACAGCUUGUUGGCGGUUUUAGACCUUACUUUCUCGAUGUUUGUAUGCCGGAUAUAUCUCUCGCUAAAUCGCACAACAAGACUGGCCUGAACGGAGUUGGUUUCUACCAAAUCAUGUACACCACCGAAAUCUGCACACAGCCUGACAAGUCGAGGAUCCAAAAUGCCAUCACAUCGUUUCCAAGCGGACACACGACUGCCGCUUUCGCCGGAUUCGGAUUCCUCUUUCUUUGGCUAAACGCAAAACUCAAGGUCUGGGCAGACCACAAGCCCGCCUUCUGGAAACUCUUCCUCACAUUCCUACCUCUCCUCGGAGCAGUCCUAAUCGCUGGCUCACUCACCAUCGACGCAGCACAUAACUGGUACGACAUUCUAGGAGGCGGUUUCAUCGGCACGAUCAUGGCAUUCGCGUCAUAUCGAUCCACCUAUGCUAGUGUCUGGGACUGGCGCUUCAACCACCUCCCGCUUCAAGAGACGGAGGCUUUCCGGUAUGGAUUCGACGGGGAUCUGGACUAUGCUGCUCAGACCAUAUCUAUGGCUGCUGGCUGGGGAGGCAAGAAGGUUAGGUUGCCUGAAAGCGAGAGUGCCCCUGCUAUUAGCUCUGAGUCUACGCUUCGAAGUGGCGCUGAGGAGAUAGAGAACCUGGAUGCGAAUACUAGAAGGAAGCGAACCAGACCAGUUGGAGAUGAGGCUGUCUAG